GUAUAUUUAUGGUGGCAUAGUUCUAUUCAAUAAUGUUGAUGCAUCUACAAUCCGUGGCGUUUUAGAUAUCGCUAAUGAAUUUGGUUUAGAAGAAUUAGUUGAUGUUGCACAAACACAAUUGGCUGAGAAUAACGAUAAUAGAUCGUGGAUACUUCGAAAGUUCGCCAAAGUUUAUAAAAAAUGCUUUGUGAAAAA